AUGACGGCCACUGCUCCUGAACUCUCAAAAUCGGAUUUUUUUGAUUUUGUGACAUCUAAUGAAGUGACGGACGCUCAAUACAAACAGCAAAUGCGAUCAGUCAACGUGUUCAUGGAAUCACCUGAUUCAAGAUCCAACCCUUUGUUAUCAGAGGAGCCCAAGGAGCAAAACAACAACAACAUACUUGCCGUCAGUGGUGGUCAGUCGACCAGCGCAAGUAUGACGACCGCCGCCAGUUCGAAUCCACUACAGAGUUUUGACUCUAUUUGGAAUGUAGAUCGCGAUCGCGACCGCAUCGAGACAGCAAUGUUAGAGGAUCUCAACAAAUACUACUGGAAUCAAGAAAACGAUAUCAACGGAACCCACCCAUGUUCCGAUACAGCAAUAUCAAAUAAAUUAAUAAGCAAUAACACGGAUGGACAAAUAUACACACUAACAGUUUUAAAUCAAGACAUUAAUGAAACAAACACCAACCGCUAUUGGGUGAAAGAGGAAGAUGUUUCAAUGUCAAGCCCCAUAGACGUUGAACAAAAUCCCUCCUUAGACCUGGAAUCUAUACUUAACAUGAAUGGUUUUCCAAACGAUUUCAGUCAAGAUACACUUAGUAGUAAUAUUCUGCCUAAAGUAGAAAACUUCAAUUAUGAAGAUGGAGAAUCGGAAACACAAACUACAGAAUUAAGUUCAAACAACUUGGUCAAAAUUGAACCAUUCAAUUACGAUGACACUGAAUUUCAGAGUAGUGAUAAAAAAGAUGAUUCCAUAAUAAGCAACCCCACAUUGUUAGAAGUGGAAUAUAAUAAUAAUAACAACGACUGGAAAUUAACUGACCAAAACACAGAAUCAAACGAAUCAUUAUUACGGAGUGCCUUACAAGGAAAAGCUUUUAUUAGAUAUAGUACAAUUCAAAAAAAUACUGUUAAUAAAUUUGACACGGAAUCGGAGCUAAAGAGGGCUAUUAUAAAUAAUAACAAUAAACCAGAUGUACCAUCUAUGUAUCAGGAUAACAAAGAUACCGAUUCUAGCCUUUUGAUGGCCAUAGCACCACCAAACGGUAAUGUAAAUAUAUCAAUAUUAUUAGAAGAACCUUCUGCGACUGUCUUAUCAAAUGGAGAUAAUCCUACAUCAACACAAAGCAUGGACGAUAUUUUACUCUCCCAACUUGAUGCUAGUUAUCCCGAUGACUAUGAAAAAUUGAAGCGGAUAGCUACUGAACUAGGUGAAUCAGUGCAACCCUUUUGUACUGUGGAGCCUAUUGAUUCCGUUCGUAAUGUAUACAAUAUUCAUCAUGUAAAUGGGGAAUUAGUAACUAUGAUUCCAGCAGGAGAAGUUCAGUUGCCUCAACACUUACAGAUAGUAACGGCAUCACCAACGGUAACGAGUACUAAGCCUGGGGGUAAGAAAAUCAGAAGAAUCCAAAAUAAAAAUUCACCCCCCACAACACAAACACAGUCGGGGACGGCUGUUCAAGCGGCGACAUCAACUUCAAACGGUGUCCGAAAAGAACGGUCGCUACAUUACUGCUCUAUUUGUUCUAAAGGCUUUAAGGACAAAUACUCUGUUAAUGUGCACGUGAGAACUCACACCGGAGAGAAACCCUUUACAUGUUCUUUAUGCGGGAAAAGCUUUCGACAGAAGGCUCACCUCGCAAAACAUUACCAGACACACAUCGCACAAAAGAGCGCAGCUGCUAACGGUGGCUCUAAACCUUCGAAGAGAUAG